UUCGGCUAAUAAGUUUCACGGAAAUUAAAGUGAAAACUAAGCAUCUGUGCUUGCUUCCACACUCCUGUUUCUAACUGAACUCAUUCGCAUGGCCGCCAUUUUAACCCAGCAUGCACCCACUCCCCAGAUCCUCCUCCUCACCCAAGCCUCAGAGCUCACUAACCUUCUCCUUCAAGGAUGUCAUUCCAUCAAACACCUCAAGCUCAUCCACGCCCGUCUCAUCCGCAUCGCCCUCUCCGACGACCCUUAUCUCCUCAACUCCCUCCUCCGCUCCGCCCUCGCCUCUGGCCACCUGGCCCACGCCCGUCUCAUCUUCUCCUCCAUCCCCCACCCCAAUGUCGUCCUCUUCAACACUAUGAUCCGCGGCCUCGUCUCCGCGGACCUCAUGCCUGACACUAUCCGCUUAUACUCCGACAUGCGGCUCACUGGCCUCCUGCCCAACAAGUUCACUUUCCCUUUCGUUCUCAAAGCGUGCGCGAGGCUUCUUGAUCUGGACAUGGGUAGGAGGAUUCAUACUCAUGUUUUGAAAUCCGGGUUGGAAUUGGAUGUGUUCGUGAACACCAGUUUGGUUUGCUUGUACGCGAAAUGUGGGCGAUUGGCGGAUGGACGGUUCUUGUUUGAUGAAAUGCCUGUGAGAAAUGUUGUCUCUUGGACUGCGAUUAUUACUGGGUAUAUGGAUAAUGGGCGGUUGGAGGAAGCAUUGGAGUUGUUUAGGAAGUCAUUGGCAAUGGAUUUGCGGCCAGAUAGUUUCACUUUGGUGAGGGUCUUGACCGCAUGUUCACAGUUGGGGGAUUUGAGGACAGGGCAGUGGAUUCAUCAGUAUAUUGAGGAGAAGGGCAUGCACAAGAAUGUGUUUGUUGAUACUUCACUAAUUGAUAUGUAUACAAAGUGUGGAAGCAUGGAUAGUGCUCAGAGAAUCUUCGAUUCCAUGGCUGAGAAGGAUGUGGUUUCUUGGAGUGCCAUGAUCGGAGGCUAUUCAUCAAACGGGCUUCCGCAAGAGGCCUUAAAACUCUUCUUUCAGAUGCAAAGUGCACAUGUACGACCUGAUUGUUAUACCAUGGUCGGUGUUCUUUCAGCUUGCGCGAGGUUAGGAGCUCUAGAAUUGGGUCAGCAGGCCAGUCAUCUGAUGGAUAUGAACGAGUUUCUUUCAAAUCCAGUUCUUGGAACUGCACUGAUAGAUAUGUAUGCUAAAUGUGGAAGUGUGACUAAGGCAUGGGCUAUCUUUGAAGGAAUGAUGGAAAGGGACCUAAUAGUUUGGAAUGCUAUGAUUUCAGGACUUGCAAUGACUGGCCAUGGAAAAGUCUCAUUUGGAUUGUUUUCUAAGAUGGUGAAGUUAGGAUUCCGCCCCGAUGGAAACACAUUUAUCGGUAUUCUUUGUAGCUGUACUCACACUGGUCUUGUGGAAGAUGGAAGACUAUAUUUUUAUUCCAUGACUCAAGUUUAUGGCUUGACUCCCAGAAUCGAGCAUUAUGGCUGUUUGAUCGAUCUUCUUGGGCGUGCUGGCUUGUUAGUGGAAGCUCGUCAGUUGAUCAAAGACAUGCCUAUGGAGGCUAAUGCUGUUGUUUGGGGAGCUUUGCUGGGUGGUUGCAAGAUACACCGUGACGCUCAAUUGGCUGAAGAGGUUCUCAAACAACUUAUUAAGUUAGAGCCUCAUAAUUCAGGGAACUAUGUUCUGCUAUCAAAUAUAUAUUCUGCCAGUGGUAGAUGGGAUGAUGCAGCAAGGCUGAGGAGUCACAUGGUUGUGAAAGGGAUCCAAAAGGUACCUGGGUGUACCUGGGUUGAACUGAAUGGUGUCGUCCAUGAGUUCAGAGUGGGUGACAAGUCCCAUCCAUUGAGUGAGAAGAUUUACUCUAAGCUUGAUGAAUUGGGGAAGCAAUUGAAGGCAUUAGGCUACAUGCCAACAACGGAGGUUGUAUUGUUUGAUAUAGAGGAGGAGGAGAAAGAGUAUUCGCUUGGCUAUCACAGUGAGAAAUUGGCCAUUGCAUUUGGUCUAAUAAGCUUGGGACCAGAGGACACUAUCCGGGUGGUGAAGAACCUUCGGGUUUGUAACGACUGCCAUGCGGCCAUAAAACUCAUUUCCAAGCUCACUGGCCGGGAGAUCAUUGUUAGGGAUAAUAACAGAUUUCACUGCUUUAAAGAGGGUUUCUGUUCAUGUAACGAUUACUGGUGAAGCAAUUGAUCAGCAUAUGUUUUUUUCUCAAGAACACUGUCAAAAUUCUCAGAAUACAUUGGAGAAUCAAAGGUGUUGUCAGGUUUCAUCUCCUGCCAUUUCUGCUAUUGCCAUGUGAAGCAAACAAAUCACCGAACUUGACAAGAAAUGCUGCGAUAUUAAUCAUGCUGGAAUAUUUCCUCUUGCUCAUCUCUCCAAAAUCAUUGUCAGACUACGUUCGUCUGGUGCAACUGAAAAAACUUGUCCCUAGUUAGGUUGAAACACAUUCAAAUGGAGUCUGGAAACUGAAAGACCUCAAGAUUUUACGCCGUGGAGGAUCUAUGGACAUGAGCUAGUGCCAGUUAUUCUGCCAAAACCUUCUUUCUUGUCAGGUGAGCAGAUUCCAUCCAAGUUUAAAAAACUUUAGAUAUCUUUAUAUUGAAAUUUGAAAUCCAAAUUCACACAAUUUUUUUUAUACGUGUUAGUUUUAAAUAGACAUGUUGCAAACAAACUGGUGAUACCUUCUCCAAAAAUAUGUUGAUCAAACUUAAGCAGAUUAGGUACUCUUUUC